AUGUCCCUCCCAGUGCCCCUCCUGAUAAACGGCCAAUCCGUCACAACACCCACCACCUUCCCCGUCAUAAGCCCCUACACCAACACCCCAAUCUGGGAAUCCUCCUCAGCAAGCCCAGACGAUGCCCUCCGCGCCGUCGAAGCCGCCAACGCCGCCUUCCCCUCCUGGUCCACCACAAAACCCACCGUCCGCCGCGACAUCCUCCUCAAAACAGCCGAUCUCCUCGAAUCCCGCCUCGCCACAAACGCCAGCUACAUGCGCGACGAGAUGGGUGCAGACGUAGGCGCCAGUGCCGGAUUCGUCGUCCCCCUCUCCAUCCGCAUGCUGCGCGACAUAGCAGGCCGCAUCACCUCCAUCUGCGGCAGUGUGCCCAUUGUCGAAGCAGAAGGUCAAUCAGCAAUUAUCUACAAAGAAGCCAUGGGCGUCAUUCUGGGCAUAGUGCCCUGGAAUGCGCCUUAUGUGUUCGGUAUCCGCUCUGCAGCCUGUGCGCUGGCAGCGGGGAAUACGACGAUUUUGAAAUCGUCCGAGUUGACGCCUAGAUGCUAUUGGGCUAUUGGACAGGCGUUUCAGGAUGCGGGCUUGCCGGGUGGUUGUUUGAAUGUUAUUCAUUGUGCCCCUGGGGAUGCGCCGGCUGUUGUUAAUGCAAUGAUUGAGCAUGAGGCUGUAAGGAAAAUCAAUUUUACGGGGAGUACGGCUGUGGGAAGGAAGAUUGCUCGUGCUUGUGGGGCGAAUCUGAAACCUUGUCUUAUGGAGCUUGGAGGGAAGAAUAGUUCUAUUGUUUGUGCGGAUGCGGAUUUGGGGGUUGCGGUGCAGGGUGUUUUGGCUGGGGCUUUCUUGAAUUCCGGUCAAAUUUGUAUGGCCACUGAUCGCAUUCUGGUGCAUGCUUCGAUUAUGGAUGAAUUUACCGCGGCACUGCAAGGUGCACUGGCUGGUGCGGAAGCUUCAGACCCACCUACGCUUGUGAAUGUUGCUUCCAAGGCCCGAGUCGAGGCACUCGUUGCUGGUGCUGUGGGCGCAGGCGCACACUUCAUCUCUGGUUCUGAGAACAGUGGAGCCAGCGAGGGGGUGCGUUUGGCGCCUGCUGUGCUGGGGGGAGUGAGGGAGGAUAUGGCGGUGUGGCAGGAGGAGUCGUUUGCGUCUGUUGCGGCUGUCAUGCCCUUUGACAGUGAAGAAGAGGCGAUUCGACUGGCUAACGGCAGUGGAUAUGGGCUCUCGGCGUCGGUGUUCACGGAGGAUUUGCGCAAGGGAUUGCGAAUGGCGAAGCGCAUUCAGUCUGGAGCUGUUCACAUUAAUAGUAUGACCAUCCAUGAUGAGCCUGCUCUGCCCCAUGGUGGAGUGAAGAACAGUGGCUGGGGUCGAUUCAACACGGAUGAGGGAUUGAAUGAAUUCUUGGUGAGCAAGAGUGUGACUUGGAUGGACUAG